GUUUUACAGAUAUCAUAUACAUAAGAGUAGACGUCUAAAGGCGAAUUUGUUGCGUAAGUACUUAGGGGACACGUUGCGUCGGGGGACUUCUCUAGCAAACGCAUAAGGACGCUACGGAUUCAACAGUUGACCGGGAUGAAACUUAAAGAGUUGGAAAGUUGUCUACAAGAAGUAGAUACAUUUGAACAGCCUAAAAUCCUUCUGGAGCAGUAUCCAACUAGUGCACAUAUUGCUGCGUGUAUGUUAUACACGAUACACAACACGUUCGAUGACAUUGAGGCCAAACUCGUGGCAGAUCUGGGAUGUGGCUGUGGAGUUCUCAGCAUCGGGGCGGCAAUGCUUGAAGCAGGGUUAUGUGUUGGCUUCGAUAUUGACGACGACGCACUUGACAUUUUCAAAAGAAAUGUGGAAGAAUUUGAGCUUUCCAACGUUGAUCUGGUCCAGUGUGAUUUGUGUUUACUGAUGGCAGAAGACUAUAGGAGCAGCUUUGACACGGUCAUCAUGAAUCCACCAUUUGGAACAAAACAUAACCAGGGUAUGGACAUGAAGUUUUUACGAGCUGCUAUAACAAUGGCAAAGACUGCAGUUUAUUCACUCCAUAAAACAUCAACACGGGAGCACAUACAGAAGAAGGCCAAUGAUUGGGGAGUGAAGAUGGAAGUCAUUGCAGAACUGAGAUACGACUUGCCGGCUUCUUACAAGUUUCACAAAAAGAAAUCGGUGGGUGUCAUUGCUUUUCACUCCCUUUUCCGAUCUGGACAGCUGCUGAACAGGCACAUUGGAACUGCUAACUUGUUACGCAUGGUUUAUUUGCAAUGCGCAGUGAAAACGCCAAAAUAGCAAAGCUUUUCAUAAUAAUGUAGGAAAUCUCCAAGAAAGUGUCAGAUUCUUGUCACACAAAACCAACUCAUAUGUUCUGUUCAGAAAGUUAUACAUAAUACAAACAAAAUUGUCUUAAGAUAAACAUAGGUGCAUCGAAGUACUUAAAAUCAGAAAACUGACACCAAGCUUUUCAAAAUCGUUCUCCAGGUCGACAUUCAGGUGGACUUCCUACGGUUUUCCAAAGCCUGAAGCUUUUGAUUGGAAUGGACUCAUUUGCCUCUGUGUAGAAUAAAAGUUUUGUCCACAAGAAAUAAUUGGAGCGUGGCCUGAUUAGGAUCCAUUUUCCGUUUUGGCCACCUUUGCAGCAGGCCCAUCAGCUUCUUCAAGUUCUCUCUUUUGAGCAGCGGGAGCUGGAGGAGAAGUAAAAUUCACAUUGUUGCAAAGUCAUACCAUGUACAAAUAUAAAAUCAAGCUUGUAAAUAUGUGUAAUUACCUUCCUCGUCGUCGCUAUCGAAUUUCGUCUUCUUGCCCUGGUAUUGAGUUUUACCUUGAUCUCUUCCCCCUCUUCCUCUGCGACCACCCCUUCCCCCUCUGCCACCGAAUUUUCCUCUGCCUCCUUAAAGAAUUGCACAAUUAUUCAAGUGCAGCUCAAUAAAAAGAAUUUGACUUUCUUUUACUAAAGCCGUUUACCUCUUCCUUUGCUCCGACUGAGUGUUUCUUGUUGCGCUUCGAUGAUCUUCUUUAGGACCUCUUUUUCCUCUUCUCCUUCAAGAAACUUCCAUGUAACAACGUUAUUCUUGACUUUAAGCUCCCCGUCAUUUGCUUCUUUGGCCUUCUCAAAUGCUUCCUUUGCAUUUCCGUCGAAGAGGAGGGUGCCCUUGUUGAAAGUCCAAAUAUGUUAGUUUUUAGCUCAGUGUUUUAAAAACUUUUAUGGCCAAGGCACACCGGGGGGGG